UACCACGUUGAGAAAGAAAUAGUCGUAAUAAGCUGCAGGCGGCGACUGAUUGAAAACAAUAAGUGAGUUAGACGCUUUUUAAGGCAAAUGGCCGUUCUGUCAGUAUGAGCAGUAUGAGCAAGCGUGUGUCGUGUAAUAAGGUUAAAGGGCCUCUUCCAGGCACCGCUUCUCGCGGCCCUGCUUGACGGCAAAGUGUUUAGUGUUCGUGUUGCAUUCAUUUCGAAAUCACACAGUGAACGUGGAAAAAAGUGAAGAUUAAUCUGCCUCGUCAAGUGUAUGUUAUUGUCAUCGAGAGCAGUGUGAAGAGGAGACAAUGCAAGCUGAAUUGAUGUAUCGGAAGGCCUCAGUGAUACCCUCGCAUCAGGAGGUGGCCACAACUCAGACUGGCAUUCACAGAAUGAAGCGAGCAAGUAAGGAUUCGAGAGAAACCAUACAUUCAGGUCAUUUUAUGGUGUCAGACUUCGAGGCCGAGGCUCAGGAUGAUGAAGAUGAACUCGCCGUACCUGUACCAGAAGAGGAAGUUGCACGACUAGCAAUUAUCGCUCCUGUUGGCUUCUCCUUGGAUAAGUUUGUCUCCAAUUCUCCUUCAGAUGCCAAUUCACAACAACUCAGCAUUGAAACUUCACUCAAUAAACUCUUCCAGUGUAUGUCACUUGCUUACAGACAGAAGUUGACAUCGCCUAAGUGGAAUCGAUUCAAAGGAAUCAGACUGAGAUGGAAAGACAAAAUCAGACUAAACAACGUUAUCUGGAGAUGCUGGCAUAUGCAGUUUAUUUUAAAACAAAAUACAUUAGUUUGUCAAUUUGCUUCGCCACUUGAUGUCGAUACACACAACAAACCAGAGGCUGUAGUGUUAGAGGGUAAAUACUGGAAGAGAAAACUUGCAGCUGUGACAGCAGAAUACAAGAAAUGGCGGAUGUUCUACCGGAACAAGAUCCUUGGCUGGACCAACAAGGAUGGCACAGAUGUGUUGGAGUCGAUGGAUAUGUUGGAAUGGAGCAACGGAUUAGGAACUUCAAGUGGUUUUGGAACUGGUGUUGGCAAUUCGUUUUGUGGGACAAGUGGGAUGACCGGCGGCGACAGUAUGCACAGCAUGAUGGUUGAUGAGGAUUAUAUGGAGCUCAUGACAGACACGCUUUUUUCGACAAUUACUUCUAAUCAGCCAAUAUACUUUCCCGACCCUAGAGAAAUUGCUCGUGGAGCCAGUUUAGCUGAUUUUAUUCAGCCCAGUCUUGGACCACUUCAACCUAAUCUUGACGACUUUAUGGAUACUCUUGAACCACUCCAAGAAUUCUUGAAUUCAAAACUGGCCCCUGUGCCCGAAGAGGACUACAGUGGAGCAUUAUCCAAUAACUAUCCAGAACUGGAUCUAAUGAAUCCUAUGAAUCAAGUAAACGACAUCAGCCAGGAUUCAACACUCAUCAGUCAGCAGACAGAACAAUCUCACUCGCAAAAUGAACAAAACACGAGUUUGCAAAAUCUGCAAUAUACUGCCAAGAUUUAUACCCAGUCACAACAGGAAUCAAUCAAUGUGUUCAGAAAUAACAUGAACUUGAGCGACAAUUUCAAUUCUGUAUCGCAAAACUACGAGUCGCAGGUGAAUAAUCAACUUGUGAGGGAGAAAAGCAAUGCAGAGAGAUCGAUAUCAAGGCCUAAUCGAAUUAUACAUCAACAAAAUACCUAUCAGCAGCCAAAUUUAUCCUAUCAACCAUCUCAACAAACGUACACAAUGGAUGUUCAGCCACUGCAACUCAAUUCCGGAUCAAGUCAAAUUCAAUUGACCAGUUUGAAUGAUAAUUCAUUAAAUACAAAUAAAUUGCCCUCGAUAAGGCACGUUCAGAACUUGGUGGGUUCUCACACAUACACGCCAACCAAUUCGCCUCAGUCGCAGCCGAUUAUUAUUAAAGCAGAACCCGUCUCGCAACCAAUGCUCAAGCCUUACAAGGUCGUACAGCAAGUACAACAGGGUUACAAGUUCACAUCGCCCAAGCAAGAAUUCAAUAGUCAACAGUGCAAAUUUAACACAAGUAAUUUUAAGACAGUGCCAGCUCAGCUGGUAGUCACAGUUUCGAAUCAACAACCAAUACAGCCACACAUACUGUUGCAGUGUAAAUCACCAGGACUUGAUCUAACUCAGUCAGCCUCGCAUCCCACGAAACUUUUACCAAGACCGUUUACAUCUGUGGCGGAUAAGGAAGAGGUUUUCGCAGUACCAAAGUACAAUCAGAUUAAAGUUCGAAGUAGGUCUCGAAGUAGUUCGUCUCUGCCUCGCGCGAGAGUUCAUCCGCCGCCUUUAGUUUCUGCUCAGAGUGAUCCAGCUCUCAAUGUCAAUAACAAUGUCCUUCUGGCACAUUUACUCACAAACAAUACUCCUGGCCUAUACGCAGUCAAUACUGGCAAUGAUAAAAUUGCACGUGGAGCAAGUCAAUCAAGUGGGAUAAAGCACAUUUUACCAAUGCUGCCACCAUCCAGUUCUUCACCUUCAUCAACUUCUUCCUCUUCUACUUCUGCCACAAGUUCCUCCUCAUCUCCACCUUCUUCCUCUUCCCCGUCUGUUGCCAGCAACAAUCAUCACAUUACAACUCCCAAUACAAUUCAGUCAAUGCAUUCUGCACCCACAGUACCGUCUCAAGUACAACAACAGACAAUGCAACAAACUGUAAGUGGUCAGCAAGUUCUGUUAAAUUCAAACAAGCAAUCUCAUCAAUCGCAGGGGAGUCCUAGUUCACCGAAAGACGGUUCCAGUCCUCAGGCUCUUAGUUUAAGCCCAUUAAAUAGUCCCGUCAGUUUAGGCAGUCCGCUGUCUCCUUCGCGUGGUUAUAUAAAAGGCGAUUCUGAGCGAGGACACUACAAGGAACACAAAAGAGUCGGCCACAUUCAUGCCGAGCAGAAGCGCAGAUACAAUAUUAAGAAUGGUUUCGACAUGCUUCAGAGUUUAAUACCGCAACUCAAUCAAAAUCCAAAUGCAAAAUCAAGUAAAGCCGCUAUGCUGCAGAAGGGAGCUGAUUACAUCAGGCAACUUAGAACCGAAAGAAACCAACUCAAGGAGGAAAUGGACAAUCUGAGAAGUCAAAUUGAACGCCUUAAUAUGUCAAUUAGUAAUUGUCAAUCAAUGCUUCCGGCAACAGGAGCGCCAGUGUCGAGACACAGAACAAGCAAGAUGAAGGAGAUGUUUGACGAAUAUGUACGUACACGGACAAGAGAAAAUUGGAAAUUUUGGAUUUUUAGCAUCUUAUUGGAACCUUUGAUGACUUCCUUUACCACUUCUGUAUCCACGGCGAGUAUCGAUGACUUGUACAGAAGCACGAUUGUGUGGGUUGAGCAACAUUGCUCGCUUGUUGAUCUCAGACCAGCCGUUCUCAAUUCGUUGAGGUAUCUCUGCACGGCAACGGAAAUUCUCUCGGACCCAGCCCGGUUACCCCAAGAAGCACGUGCAGCUGUCGAUCGAAAGUGAAUCCCGAUAUGCUGAGUGUAAUCACUUGUGAAAAGCAAGUUAAUAAAUAUCUCCUCAGGAUUAAAAAAAUAUUCUUUCAUAUUGGAACUCAAUUAAAGUUUUUCAAUAUCACAUUGAAAAAAAAUGUAUACUCUAAGUGUAUCUGAAAAUAGGAAAAAAAGCCACAGGAGUUUUUUUUCCGCACAAGAGUUCAAAACAAUAUGAAGUACAUAACAUUAGUUUUGUAAACUAAUAAAUUGUACAUUUAUUAUUCUUUACAAAUAUUCGCAUUUGUUAAUAAUUUUCAAUAUAAAUUAAAUGGAAUUUAUAGACAAUACAGAAAUUUUAUUUUUCAAAUAUCGUGUUGAAAAAGAAAUAGCAGGGCUCGGAUUGUGCGACUAAUCGACUUUUUCGAGAUUUUUUUUAGUAAAAUGCGACUAAUCGACUUUUUUCAAAUUUUUCAAUUACUUUUCGACUUAAAUUGUAAAUGGCAGAAAUCUUUGUUUGUAAACAAUAUUGCUCACAAAAUCAUUCUUCUCUUUAGGGAAAAAAAUAACAUAUUCUCUCGUUUCUUAAUAUUUUUGUAGGAAAUUCUCAAUUUUCAUAAGGAAACAAUAAU